AAACAAUAUAAACCACAUGUGAUAAUACCACACUGCCCACCAAACCACUAUAUAACCUAUCUUAGAGUUCACCUGACUUAAAAGACUAAACCAAAGGAAAAGUUUCACAAAGGCCCGAAAAUGGAACCUAUCAAGAAACAAGGAAGACACUUUGUUUUGGUACAUGGUGCAUGCCAUGGAGGUUGGUAUUGGUACAAGCAAAAGACCCUGAUAGAGGUUGCAGGCCACAAGGUAACAACUCUAGACUUGGCAUCUGGGAUUGAUUUGAGAAAAAUAGAGGAACUUCACACAUUUCAUGAUUACACUUUGCCAUUGAUGGAAUUGAUGGAAUCUCUUCCACAAGAGGAGAAAGUCAUACUAGUAGGACAUAGUCUUGGUGGUAUGAAUUUGGGACUUGUUAUGGAAAAAUACCAACAAAAGAUCUAUGUUUAUGUUUUCUUGGCUGCCUUCAUGCCUGAUUCUAUUCACAUGUCGUCCUAUGUCUUGGAUCAGUAUUUUGAGAGGAUGCCAACAAUAAAUUGGUUGGACACCCAAUUUGUAUCAUAUGGUUCCUCUGAAGAGCCUCUGCCAUCCAUAUUUUUUGGGCCCAAGUUCUUGGCUUACAAUCUUUAUCAAUUAUGCUCUCCUGAGGAUCUUGCAUUGGCAUCAUCAUUGGGGAGAGCAAGCUCUCUAUUCCUAGAAGAUUUGUCAAAGACAAAGUAUUUCACAGAUGAAGGAUAUGGAUCAGUGAAGAAAGUUUAUAUGGUAUGCACAGAGGAUAAACUCAUACCAAAAGAGUUUCAAAAAUGGCAAAUUGACAACAUUACUAGCAUCAUAGAAACAAAGGAGAUUAAAGGUGCUGAUCAUAUGGCAAUGCUAAGUAUGCCCAAACAACUCUGUGACACUCUCUUGGAGAUUGCCCAUAAAUACAAUUGAUCCAUCUCAACAUCUUCUACUCUUUUGAAUAAUUAGUUGUUGUUGCUUUCAACUUGAAAAAUAAUUACUAGAUGGGUUCUUGAUUGUGUUGUUUCUCUAUAUAUUAAGUGUGUUUAAACAUAAUUGAAUUAU